AUGUCCUGGGCAGCAUCACGGGAGACGAAGCGUGUCGAGGAUCGUGCCUACUCUCUUCUCGGUAUUUUCAAUAUCAAUAUGUCAAUGAUAUAUGGCGAAGGACCCAAAGCUUUUCGUCGCCUUCAGGAGGAAAUAUCCCGGGAGACGAACGACCUUUCCCUGUUCGCGUGGAAGAGCCCUUCCCGGGAGGAAGCGAGAUGCCAGAUGUUCAGAGGCAUCUUUGCGAGGUCUCAAAGCGAAUUCAGCGCCUGUUCAACAUUGCAAAGGUCUGGCACGAGACAUGACUCACAAAGCGAGUUUACUCUUACCAACAAAGGUGUUCGGUUUGAGACGAAGUUGUACAAGCAUUCACAGGGCACGUACGUCAUGUAUCUGGGUUUUAGCAUGCAAGAGACACCCGUCUGCAUUAUUCUCACACGCACAUCAGAAGGCUUCAUUCGAAGCGAACCUUGGUCGUUGACGUACGAGCACUCAUGGAACCUAUCCAGGAUUCAUAUCACUUUUACAAUCCACGUCCAGAAGGAUGUAAGCCUCCAAGAAGAGGCCACAUUCCGGAGACAGAGGCAUAGGCCAUUCCAUGUCAACAUAGACCUUCAGACAUCCCUGAAGCUCGAAAAGCUUGAGUCGCAUCCGGGACAUCAGUGGGACGAGUUCCAUUCAACUUUCAUCUCCGGCAAUCCUGACCAAUCUUAUACUGCCAGGCUGGAUUUUAUAAUCCGAGAUACCGACAGGAACUUCAACGAAGCCUUUGCUCUGACUCUUACGAUGGGGUGGGCCAGUUCACAUCAACAGCCCUUCGCCGUACUUUACGGCUCCGAAGGGUUGGUGGACACUGCCAGGCUGGCGAUCAGGAAUGUUCUUCCGGAAAACUUUCCAGACCUUGUCAAAGACGAUCUCGACUGGGGUAGCUCGCACGAGGAGACAUUUGAAAAGGCACUGGCGAGCAUUUGCACAAACCCCCAAUUUCAGGCUACGGAGGUACAGUUCGUCACCAAGAAGAUAAUGAUUCUGCACCGUGGCGUUCGCAAGGUUUCAGCUUUCGUCGCUACAUUUAGUGUCGAAUUAGAGACGCACAAGGACCAAGACGGCAUCAUCACCUAUCAUGCUUCUCUGUCUAGCAAGAUCUCGAGAGUGGAGGGUCGCAAUGCUAUGUUGGCUUUGAAAUCGACAUGA